AUGGCACGUGUGGCGGCGGCAUGCCUCUUUACGGUGAAUUUUCUGUCAUACAUUAUCGUGUGCCACCAAGAUAGCAGUAGCAACCGGUCACGCGAACAAAAUUCCGUAUCGGAGUCUUCGCGAAGAUUUAGAACGGAGUUCUUAGAAGACUGGCCACAAACACCGGGGUCUCCAUACUUUGACCCUAGCACUCCAGACAACGUAACCGGUCUAGUUGGACACCCGGUCACACUUCUAUGCAAAGUGAAGAACCUUCAAAAUCGUACUGUAUCAUGGGUGCGUCACCGCGAUAUCCAUCUGCUAACGGUGGGCCGUUACACAUACACAUCAGACCAGCGCUUUGAGGCGCAGCACAAACAGCGCUCCGAGGAAUGGGCGCUACGUAUCCGCAGCCCACAACGUCGCGACUCCGGCCAGUACGAGUGUCAAAUUUCUACCACACCACCUAUUGGUCACGCCGUCUACCUCAGUAUUGUUGAACCAGAAACCGAAAUAAUGGGCGGUUCCGACUUAUUCAUCUAUGCGGGAUCAACUAUAAACCUUACGUGUAUCGUAAGGCAUACUCCCGAACCGCCUAACGCCAUUAACUGGAGCCAUAGAGGAAAGACUAUAAAUUUCGACUCAACGCGUGGUGGAAUAUCGUUGGUGACUGAAAAAGGGAUCCAUAGCAGUAGUAGGCUAUUGGUGCAGGCUGCACGCACAUCAGAUGCAGGUGCAUACGAAUGUGUACCUGAUAAUGCGCAGUCAGCUUCCGUGAGGGUACAUGUACUUACUGGUGAAUCACCCGCAGCAAUGCAAGGAAAAGCUCAUUGGAUUAAAUACAGACCAUCAUCAAUCUUACAUUUGAUCGGUGCAUUGCAUUUGGUCAAAUGGUGUAUAUCAGUGAUAAGUAAUUAA